CGCGCGGGGCUCAGUCCGGCGGGGGCGCCGCGGAGAGCGGAGGGCGCGGGACCCUGCACGCCGCCCGCGGGCCCAUGUGAGCGCCAUGCGGCGCCGCGCUGCCUGGGGACCCGGCCCGCCGCCCCCCGGGCCUGGGCUUCGGCCGCUGCCGCCGCCGCCGCUGCUGCUGCUGCUGCUGGCGCUGGGGACCCGAGGGGGCUCCGCCGCGCCCGCGCCGCGCGCCGAGGACCUCAGCCUGGGAGUGGAGUGGUUAAGCAGGUUCGGUUACCUGCCCCCAGCCGACCCCACGACAGGACAGCUGCAGACGCAAGAGGAGCUGUCCAGGGCCAUCGCAGCCAUGCAGCAGUUUGGCGGCCUGCAGGCCACCGGCGUCCUGGACGAGGCCACCCUGGCCCUGAUGAGAACCCCACGCUGCUCCCUUCCGGACCUCCCCGUCCUGACCCAGACUCGCAGGAGACGCCACACUGCAGCCCCACCCAAGUGGAACAAGAGGAACCUGUCAUGGAGAGUCCGGACGUUCCCUCGGGACUCGCCGCUGGGCCGCGACACAGUGCGUGCGCUCAUGUACUACGCCCUCAAGGUCUGGAGCGACAUUGCACCCCUGAACUUCCAUGAGGUGGCGGGCAGCGCCGCCGACAUCCAGAUCGACUUCUCCAAGGCCGACCACAAUGACGGCUACCCCUUCGACGGCCCUGGCGGCACCGUGGCCCACGCCUUCUUCCCCAGCGACCACCAUACGGCAGGGGACACCCACUUUGACGACGAUGAAGCCUGGACGUUCCGCUCCUCGGAUGCUCACGGGAUGGACCUGUUUGCGGUGGCUGUCCACGAGUUUGGCCACGCCAUUGGGUUGGGCCACGUGGCUGCCACACGCUCCAUCAUGCGGCCGUACUACCAGGGCCCGGUGGGUGACCCGCUGCACUACAGGCUCCCCUACGAGGACAGGGUGCGAGUCUGGCAGCUGUACGGUGUGAGGGAGUCUGUGUCUCCCACGGCGCAGACCGAGGAGCCUCCCCUGCUGCCGGAGCCCCCAGAUGACCGGCCCAGCAUCCCGCCCAGGAAGGACGUGCCCCACAGGUGCAGCACGCACUUCGACGCGGUGGCCCAGAUCCGGGGUGAAGCAUUCUUCUUCAAAGGCAAGUAUUUCUGGCGGCUGACGCGGGACCGGCACCUGGUGUCCUUGCAGCCGGCACAGAUACACCGUUUCUGGCGGGGCCUGCCGCUGCAGCUGGACAGCGUGGACGCCGUGUAUGAGCGCACCAGCGACCACAAAAUCGUCUUCUUCAAAGGAGACAGGUACUGGCUGUUCAGGGACAAUAACGUAGAGGAAGGAUACCCGCGGCCGGUCUCCGACUUCAGCCUCCCGCCUGGCGGCAUCGACGCCGCCUUCUCCUGGGCCUACAAUGACAGGACUUAUUUCUUUAAGGAUCAGCUGUACUGGCGCUACGAUGACCACACCAGGCGCAUGGACCCCGGCUACCCCGCCCAGAGCCCCCUGUGGAGGGGCGUCCCCAGCACGCUGGACGACGCCAUGCGCUGGUCUGACGGUGCCUCCUACUUCUUCCGGGGCCAGGAGUACUGGAAAGUGCUGGAUGGCGAGCUGGAGGCGGCGCCCGGGUACCCGCAGUCCACGGCCCGGGACUGGCUGGUGUGUGGAGACUCGCAGGCCGACGGCUCUGAGGCCGCGGGCGUGGACGGGGCGGAGGGGGACCGCGCCCCUCCGGGACAGCACCACCAGAGCCGCUCGGAGGACGGCUACGAAGUCUGCUCGUGCACCUCCCGGGCCCCCUCCCUCCCCGGGGCCCUGGGCCCGCUGGCGCCCGCCGCCACGCUGAUGCUGCUGCUGAUGCUGCUGCCACUGCCACCAGGCGCCCUGCUGUGGACAGCGGCCCAGGCCCUGGCGCUGUGACAUGUAGCCGGGCCUGUGAGGACACUCGGGGGGACAGCCUGGCCACAGAGGAUGAGGACCACGCAGGAGUCCCUGGGGGAGGUGCCGGCGCGGGAGGACAGGCCACCCCAGCAUGGAUGGGACAGCAGAGGGCACUGUCCACCCGGACUGGGCAGACUCCGGUGGCUGGACUGAGCUGUCCACUAGUGAAUGACUGCAUGACUGAUGGUGCCGGGUCAGGCCUCACUGCCGCCAGCCUCCCCCGGCCCUGGAGGGGGCAUCCCUGGCUGGGGGGCCGCCUGUCUCCACGCCGGCGCUGCCAACCCCACCCACACUGCUGCCCGAUGCUCCCACCGCCCACAUGGCCUCCAUCCCUAGGUCCCGAGUGGGCAACCCUCCCCACAGACAGCCCCCCCCGCGCGGUGCUGUGGCACGUCUCUCUUGUGACGAGUUCCAGACCAACAUGACCUCUCCCAGCUUUGUA